AUGGCAUUCAAAUUUAUCGCCUUCUUCGCACUCUGCAUCGCUGCCGCCAGCGCCGGUGUCAUCGCACCAGCUGCUCCAUUGGCCGCCGUUGCAGCCGCACCAUUGGCUGUUGCUGCCCGCGUUGAGGAAUACGACCCACACCCACAAUACACCUACGGCUAUGAUGUCAAGGAUGCUCUCUCCGGUGACUCGAAAACCGCUGUGGAAACCCGUGAUGGUGAUAUCGUUCAAGGCCAAUACUCACUGAAUGACGCUGAUGGUUACCGUCGUAUCGUGGACUACACCUCCGACCCAAUUAACGGUUUCAACGCUGUUGUCCGUCGUGAGCCUUUGGUUGCUCCCGUCGUUGCUGCCGCUGCACCAGUAGUUGCUGCCCCAGCUCCCAUCGUCAGAGCCGCUCCUUUCGCCGCACCAGUUGUCGCCGCCCCUGCUCCCCUCGUCGCCGGACCAGCUGUAGUGAAGACCCAAUUCGCAUCUCCACUCAUCUCUUAUGCCUAUUAG